GUCGCUCUGACAGCGAAGCAGUUGGGCCAGUUCGGACGAUUCGAGCCCUGAUGUGGACAAAGAGGAGAGUGAGAGGCUUUGGGAGUUCUUCAGCAGUCCUGCAGACCCCUACAACCCCAUGUGCUUUACUGCGUGCACAGUCGGCAACACAUCUCUUCAAACCACCUCCACCACAGUCUCUAAAGUACAGGCCUCCCUUCCUGCACCCCCCUCCAGGUCAGACACCGAUGAGGAGAGCAGCCUUCCUCCUUCAUCUGAGGAUGAUGAAGAUGACCAGUUGUGGAAGUUUCUCUGCCAGAAGGAUGAUCCGUUCCACCCUCUUAACUUUCAGGCUUGCCUCCAGAGCUCAACCACAGCACUCCAGUCUGAGGAAGAUCCAGAUGCACUUAAAGUCCACCACACAAAAAAUUCACCCACGAAGAGCAAGAAAUGUAAAAAAGACUCCAAAACACUCAGAAGAUCCAGCAGCAAGCCCUCUCGACCAGACAGGCUGUCAAAGCAUCACCCCCACCAAGACAAAACACUGGUGCCGUGGAAAAGACCUGGACAAACACACCAGUCCUCUCCAGAGGAGAGAAAGGAGAGCAACACCUCCACCAAAAAGGUGCGAUUUUCUCCUCUGGUCCAAGUCCAUGUCGUGCGGACCUGGCUGUUUGCUCGCCAGGCGUCUCGUAAAGGACGCUGGGAGGAAAUGGCACGAGACCGGGACCGCUUCCAGAGGCGGAUCCAGGAAACUGAGCGCGACAUCAGCCACUGCCUCACUCUGCCCCACAGAGAGAAGAUGAGGGCGUACCUGGACGGUGCCUUAAAAUAGAUAAAUAAGUCUUCAGCAUUGAAUGUUUUAUUUCAUUUUUUUGGAUGAGAACUCGUGAUUGGUUGCAAUGCAACAGUGAUUUUGAUUUCGGCCAAUUAGAAAUUUGAUGUUAGGCCAACGUCAAUGUUUGGUGUUGUGUUGAACAACUUUGUACCUCAAAAUGAUUUUUCUACAUUGUGUGACUGUUGCACUGACUGACACGUUCUCAUAUUAACCUCAACAUUAAUGUGUGGACUGUUGUUUUUGUACGCCUUAUAUUCUGACCUAGUAAUGUAACUUAUGUAUUUAUGCCCUAUGGAGCUUGUCUUUGAUUUAUUUUUUUACAGUUUAACUGUUUGUAGGUGUUUUUAUGUGACAUCAAACCACAGUGGUGAGUCUAGAAGGUGAAAGUAGAUGAUGAUGAUAAUAUCAUUAAAAACCGAGCUUUGCGGCACAAAGUC